AUGUUUCUAUUGCUGGUGACAUUCUUCUUCGUGGUCGCGUUCGGCUUGAGUCGCAGCGUGGGCGUGAAUGACCUGCUACACGCGGAACAUAACCAAGUGAAGAACGAUCGCGAGCAAGCCAACCAUCUGAAGGACUGGUCGAAGACUUGGGUGCCUUCUUCCACCCCUUCCACUGGAACGCGGCUCCGCAAAAGCGCGGGAGGCGUACUGGACAGAAGCUCCCGCUUGGACAGAAGCUCCCGCCUGGACAGAAGCUCCCGUCUGGUGAGAAGUCCCAGACCCCAAAACAGACCGCACAAAAGACUUGCUGAUGGCACCCGCCAUCUCAGCGCAGAAAGCCGUCGCUAUGCCGGACAGCGCCGCGCGUCCAUGAGGUCUGCUGACUCGCCCCGAUCGUCUCAAGUCUUCGUGUCCAUGACAGGCUCGCCACACGUUUGA